CAUGCGCUGCACUGUGGAAACUAUGGAACUCCUUCCCACAGGAGGCAGGGAUGGUCACCAACCGAGAUGGCUUUCAAAAGGGGAUGAGGCCAAUUCAUGCAGGAGACAGAAGUCUGCCUAGGCUCCUUUGUGCCCUUGUCAGCCCUGACAGCGGCGCCUGGAUGUCUGGCCAGAAGGGAAAGGGGCCCUCCGGCUGCAGAAGCUCCUGCCCUCUGCCCUAGUCCCACACCAGCCUCCCCCCACCUGACGCUGACCAGGAGCUUUGGACUACAACUCUCGCCUGCCCACUGCAUUUUGGACCAGUUCCCCAGUCAUCAUAGAAUCAUAAUAUUAUUGCAUAGAAUAAAUUAUUAUUGUUAUUAUUUUCAAUUACCCACCUAAAGUUCACAGGGCAGAUGACAACAGAGAAGCACAAUAUUAAAGAGCAGUUCAAAACAGCCUACAAUCAUGGGGAAAUGGUGGAGAGAAGGGUGAAUUGGGUGUGCUCGGCUAGCCAAGGGUUAAAAGAAAUGGGUGCUGCCUUCCUAGAGAGGACAGGUAUUAAAAAGGGGGGUGUCAGGUCCUCCAGAGAAAAAGCCCCUCCCUCCCCAGUCUUUUCCUGCAAGUGGAGGGGGCUCUUGUCUCGGCUCUGCAUCUUCUGGGAUCUGAAGUUGCUGGCAGCUCUAAUUCAGACUGUCAGACAGAACAUGACGAAAGGAAAAACAGAUUCCUUGAGAUCUCUGGAGGACUUCCUGGGAGCAGAGCUGGAUAAGCAAAAUUCAGCUGGUCCUGAAGCAGGAGGAGCCCAUGCCAUUGGCACUGGGAGAAGUGGGGGAUUCUGGGAAAACUCUGUGCAGCAGGUCCUGAGAGAAGAGGACACCCUCCGCUCAGAUGUGCAGAGCCAGCAGUUCAGGCAGUUCUGCUACCAGGAGACUGAAGGACCACGAGAGGUUUGCCGCUGGUUCUACCACCUUGACCAUCAAUGGCUGGAGCCAGAAAGUCACACGAAAGCUGAGAUGCUGGACCUGGUGAUCUUGGAGCAGUUCCUGGCUGUCCUUCCAGCGGAGAUGGAGAGCUGGGUGAGGGAAUGCGGAGCAGAGACCAGUUCCCAGGCAGUAGCCCUGGCCGAAGGUUUCCUCCUGAGUCAGGCGGAGGAGAGGAAGCAGGUGGAGAAGAAGCAGGGAAAGGAUCUGUUUGCAGAAAUGGGCCCUGAUUUGGCAGAGAUGACUCCGUUCGACACCAGAGAGAGGCUGCUGGGUGACAAAAUGAUGCCGGCAAGACCUCCUCAUCCAUCCUUUCAUGAUGGUGGAGGGGAAUCAGUGGCUGUGGAACCAGAUCAGGGUUCAUUGUGCUUUGAAGAUGUCGCUAUUCAUUUCACAGACGAGGAAUGGGCAUUGCUAGACCCUGACCAGAGAGCUCUGCAUCAGGAAGUCAUGGAGGAGAAUCGUGGGAUCAUGGCCUCUCUCGGUGGUGAUGAAUUGGAAAUGAAGAACAAGGGAGACCACAACAAAAUCCGCAGAGUGGAGAAACCACAGAAAUAUUUGGAGUGUGGUGAGAGCUUCAAUCAGAGCAGCAAUCUCACUUCUUAUCAAGGAAUUCACACAAAGAAGAAACCUUAUCAGUGCUUGGAAUGUGGGAAGAGCUUCAAUCAAAAGGGCAAUCUCACUUCCCAUCAGAGAAUUCAUGCAACGGAGAAACCCUAUCAAUGCUUAGAAUGUGGAAAGAGCUUCAAUCAAAAAGGCAAUCUCACAUCCCAUCAAAGAAUCCAUACAGGGGAGAAACCCUAUCAAUGCUUGGAAUGUGGAAACAGCUUCCGUCAGAGAACUGAUCUCAUUUCCCAUCAAAGAAUUCAUACAGGGGAGAAACCCUAUCAAUGCUUAGAAUGUGGGAAGAGCUUCAGGCACAGGGUUAAUCUCACUUCCCAUCAAAGAAUUCAUACAAGGGAGAAACCAUAUCAAUGCUUGGAAUGUGGGAAGAGCUUCAGUCAAAAGGGCAGUCUCAAUCUCCAUCAAAAAACUCAUACAGGCGAGAAAUUACAUCAAUGCUUGGAAUGUGGAAAGAGCUUCAUUCGGAAGGAAACACUCACUUUCCAUCAAAGAAUUCAUACAGGGGAGAAACCAUAUCAGUGUACGGAAUGUGGAAAGAGAUUCAGUCAGAGUGGUCUUCUGACUUCUCAUCGAAGGGUUCAUACUGGGGAGAAACCUUAUAAAUGCUUAGAAUGUGGAAAGAGAUUCAGUCAAAAAGUCAAUCUCACUUCCCAUCAUAGAAUUCAUACAGGGGAGAAACCGUAUCAGUGUACGGAAUGUGGAAAGAGCUUUAGUCAGAGUGGUCUUCUGACUUCCCAUCAAAGAAUUCAUACAGGGGAGAAGCCCUAUCAAUGCUUGGAAUGUGGAAAGAGCUUCAGUCAGAAAGGAAAUCUCACUUUCCAUCAAAGAAUCCAUACAGGGGAGAAACCAUACCAAUGCUUGGAAUGUGGAAAGAGUUUCAGUCAGAGUGGCCUUCUUGAUUCCCAUCAAAGAAGUCAUACAGGGGAGAAACCCUAUCAGUGCUUGGAAUGUGGAAAGAGCUUCCGUCAGAAAGGGAAUCUCACUUUCCAUCAAAGAAUUCAUACAGGGGAGAAACUCCACCAAUGCUUGGAAUGUGGGAAGAGCUUCAUUCGGAAGGAAAAUCUCACUUCCCAUCAAAGAAUUCAUACAGGGGAGAAACCAUAUCAGUGCCUGGAAUGUGGGAAAAGCUUCACACAGAAGGUCAAUCUUACCUUCCAUGAAAUAAUUCAUACAGGGGAGAAACCAUAUCAGUGUUUAGAAUGUGGGAAGAGUUUCAGUCAGAGGAACAGUCUUAUUUAUCAUCAAAGAGUUCAUGGAGGCGGAAAACUCUAUCAGUGCUUGAAAUGUGGGAAGAGCUUCAGUCAGAGGAACAGUCUCACUUCCCAUCAAAGAGUUCAUACAGGAGAAAAACCCUACCAAUGCUUAGAAUGUGGGAAGAGCUUCAGUCACAGUGCCACUCUCACGUCACAUCACAGAAUUCAUACAGGGGAGAAACCAUAUCAGUGUACGGAAUGUGGGAAGAGCUUCACUCAGAGGGGCCAUCUCACUUUCCAUCACAGAAUUCAUACAGGGGAGAAACCAUAUCAGUGUACGGAAUGUGGGAAGAGCUUUAGGGACAGCCGCGCUCUUACUUCCCAUCACAGAAUUCAUACAGGGGAGAAACCAUAUCCGUGCUUGGAAUGUGGAAAGAGCUUUAACGAGAGUGCCAUUCUCAUCUCUCAUCAAACAAUUCAUACAGGAGAAAAAGCAUUUCAGUGCUUUGAAUGUGGAAAGAACUUCAGUAAGAAGAGUAAUCUGACUACUCAUCAAAGAAUUCAUACAGGGGAGAAACCAUAUCAGUGCUUGGAAUGUGGAAAGAGCUUCAGUCAGAAUGGAUCUCUCACUUCCCAUCAAAGAAUUCAUAAAGGGGAGAAACCAUAUCAGUGCUUGGAAUGUGGAAAGAGCUUCAGUCAAAAGGGAAGUCUCACUUCCCAUCAAAGAAUUCACACAAGAGAGAAACCAUACCUGUGCUUGGAAUUUGGAAAGGACUUCAGACAGAGUUCCCAUUUCAAUUCCCAUCAAAGCACUGACAGUGGGGAGAAACCAUAGAGUCACGGAAUCAUAGUGUUGGAAUGGACCUAUGACAGAUGGCCAUCCAACCUCUGCUUUAAAUGUCUUUAGCAGUUCAUGCUGCUGUCAAACAACUCUUAUCAUCAGAAAGUUAUUCCUGACGUUUUGUCAAAAUCUCCCAAAAUCUUGUUUCUUAAAACUUGUAGCCACUGGUUUGAGUUCUACCUGUUGCAGCUGCAAACAAACAAAUAAACAGUGGUCUCUGGCCACUAUUCUCCAUUCA